GGGAAGUGCUGUGUGGUCUACAACUAGUGGCCGUGGUUAAAUGGGAACAAUCUUUCCCCAAGUGGUUCCUCUUAAGGACAGCAUUUCUGCUGGCCCCAGGACUUUUGGCCAUUUAUAAAGCUUCACAAUGGAAAAUAAGGAAAUUCUCAAGGAGGAAGAGUUCUUGGCUAGCACCGGAGAUAUAGGGGCCGUCAACCAAACCAUGUUCCCUGCAAUGGAGGCCUUUGAAAUCAACGAUCCAAAGCCCAAGAAGAGAAAGGGGGUGAACUGCUUCAUGGUCCUAGUGGCCAUCUACCUGAUUCUGCUCACUGCAGGUGCUGGAUUGCUGGUGGUAAAAGUUCUGAAUCUGCAGGAGCGGCUCUGGGCCAUAGAGAUUCACUUCACCAAUGGAACGCUGGCUGCCGAGGACAGCCCAUCUUUCUCUUUGCUCCAGUCAAUGCCCAUCCCGCAUCUCACUGGGGGCACCUUGGGGCUGCAAGUCCUGCAGGCCCAGAUCAUCCAGGUCCGCACCAAGCAGGAGCACCUGCUACGGAAGGUGGAUAACUUCACUCGGAGUCCAGAGCUGUUCCGGAUCAAGGGAGAAAAAGGCACUACAGGCCCUCCAGGACUCCAAGGCCCACCUGGAAUCAAGGGAGAGGCAGGCCUCCAAGGACCCAACGGUGCUCCCGGGAAACAAGGAGCCCCUGGCACACCAGGACAGCGGGGAGAGAAGGGCAGCAAAGGUGAUGGGGGUCUCGUUGGCCCGAAAGGGGAACCUGGAGCUAAGGGAGACAAAGGAGACCUGGGCCUCCCAGGAAGCAAGGGAGACAGGGGCAUGAAAGGAGACACAGGGGUCAUGGGACCCCCCGGAGCCCAGGGGAGUAAAGGUGACUCAGGGAAGCCAGGCCCCCCAGGUGUGGCUGGUUUUCCUGGAACAAAAGGAGAUCAAGGACAACCUGGAGAGAAGGGUCUUCCCGGGGCCCCCGGCACGGCAGGAUCUCCAGGUGCCAAGGGUGAGCCUGGCACCGCUGGCUCCCCUGGCCUAGCAGGACCACCAGGGAGACCCGGGAGUCCUGGAACCAACGGCAAGAAUGGAAGCAAGGGGGAGCCAGGACUUCAAGGACAAAAAGGAACAAAAGGAGAAUCAGGAGUUCCAGGCCCUGCCGGCAUGAAGGGAGAAAUGGGAAGCCCAGGCCUGGAAGGCCCCAGGGGUGCAUCUGGCCUGAAAGGUCAAAAAGGAGAACCAGGAAUGAAAGGUGAAUCCCUGGUGAACGUGAGGAUCGUGGGCACUAGGACCCGGGGCCGGGCUGAAGUUUACUACAACGGUGUCUGGGGGACAAUUUGCGAUGACGACUGGGACAAUUCAGAUGCCACCGUCUUCUGCCGCAUGCUGGGCUACUCCCGGGGGACAGCCCUUUUCUCAAUGCCACCUGGCACUGGGACGAUCUGGCUGGAUAACGUCGCAUGUCAGGGGACUGAGGGGUCCCUAUGGAGUUGCAACAAGAGCAGCUGGGGCUCUCAUAACUGUAACCACAGUGAGGAUGCUGGCGUGGAGUGUAGCUGACACCCCUGCAGCCCGUCCACCACACUGCACCUGAAGCAUCUGCACACAUGGAUGCUCAGCUCAUCUGGCAGGAGGCCAACCCUCUCUGAGGGGUCGCUCUGGGAUAGGGUCACCAAUAAAGCUCAAAGCCCGACCUGGUAACGUCA